UCACAUUCCUUCUAUCAUUAAAAUUAUACAUCCAAAUGAUCUAGCAAUUGAAUAAUGUUGUUUUAUAUGUUUUACCAAUAAAAUAUUCGAUAUAUAUUUCAUUAGUGGUAGAAGAUGAAUGUACCAGAUAGUGAUAGUGAGGAUGAAUUGCCUCCAGGCUGGGAGGAGAGGGUUACAAUGGAUGGUAGUGUUUUUUAUGCAAACCAUUUGACAAAGUUAACGCAAUGGACACACCCACGGACAGGCAAGAAGAAGCUGGUGAGUGGAGAGCUUCCUUACGGAUGGGAGAGGUGUGUGGACAAGAAUACGGGUAAAGUGAUCUAUGUUGAUCAUGAUAAUAAAAGAACCACAUACACAGAUCCAAGAUUGGCAUUUGCUGUUGAGGAGAAAGAUCAUGCAAAUGAUUACAGGCAGAGAUUCGAUGCCAGUAGUACAGCUUUACAAGUUUUACAUGGAAGGGAUCUGACGAAUAAGGUGGCAUUAAUAACUGGUGCCAAUAGUGGAAUUGGUUUUGAAACUGCUAGAGCACUUGCGAAGCAUGGAUGUACAGUGAUUUUUGCAUGCAGGAAUAUGCUGUCGGCUCAGGAAUGCGUUUACAAGAUCGUAGCGGAGAAAGGGUCGGCUCGUUGCGAAAUUGUCCAUUUGGAUUUAAAGUCUUUGGAGUCGGUCAAGGAAUGCGUGAAAGAUGUGAAGAAUAACUUCAAGAAAAUCGAUAUGGUUAUCUUGAAUGCUGGCGUCUGCGGAAUACCGUACAGCAAAACCGGAGACGGUUUCGAAACCACAUUCCAAGUCAACUACCUGGGACACUUCUAUUUAGCGCUGCUUCUUCGUCCUUUGGUUCCAGUUGGCGGUAGAUUCGUCGUCGUAUCUUCUGAAUCGCACAGAUUCGCUGAUUUAACUACUGAGACUAUAUCACCGGGAACGUUGUCCGUCGAAUCGAAAAAUUAUUGGGGAAUGUUGGUCUACAAUAACUCGAAACUGUGCAACGUCCUGUUUGCUCGUCUCUUCGCGAAGAAACUUCAGGACUCUGGUAUAUCCGUGUUCAGUCUGCAUCCGGGAAACAUGGUUUAUUCCAAAUUGUGUAACUCGUGGUGGUUCUACAAAUUGAUAUUCUAUAUCUCAAGACCAUUCACCAAAUCCUUGCUGCAAGCUGCAAGUACUUCAGUAUUUUGUGCCACAGCUCAAGAGCUUAAUGGAACGACCGGAGUUUACUUCAAUAAUUGCUACAGGUGUCAAGAGAGUUCAGCGGCUCAAGAUGAUGAACUUGCUGAAAACCUAUGGGAUAUCAGCUGCGACAUGGUGCGACAAGUUUUGGGUCCAGACGCUGAGGCCUUAUCUACACCAGAGUCCCCAUUGUGAUAUCACACAUU